UUCGACAUUUAUAUUUUGACAGCAGCAGAGAAAGCGAGCAGUCCUGUUUAUGUUUUAUAAAUAUAGAAAUUAAAGCGAAAUAUUCUCCUGUAAAUAAAAUGAAAAGUGAAAGUGAAAUCAAAGACACCGAUCUGAACUUUUACGGCAGUGACCCGGGAGCUGUGAAGUUUGGAAACUUUAUCAAUUAUUAUUCUUUUCACGAUGUCGGCGAAAGGAUAAACAAUCUACGUCCACAAAUGUUUCCAGCACCAGUAGACAAGCAGCUGGUGUGCCUAGACAUCGGGUGCAACACAGGGGAGUUAUCCAAGGCUCUUUAUAUGUACCUACAGACUGUGUACCCAGACUGUGAUAUCCAAAUGCUGGCAAUAGACAUCGACUCCACGUUGAUAGAAAGAGCUACUGUAUCAAAUGAAUUCCCUAACAUUAAGUUUAUAACUUGCAAUAUCAUGGAUCAAAAUGACAGACUUUGUAUACAAAAAUAUUUAGACUCACACCAAUACACAGCUUUUGAUGUAACAUUUUGUUUUUCAGUGACUAUGUGGAUUCAUUUAAAUAAUGGUGAUGAAGGGUUAUUAGAGUUUCUGAAGCUUAUAAAAUCAUUUUCUAAGACAAUUGUAAUAGAACCUCAACCAUGGAAAUGUUAUAGAAAUGCUCAAAGGCGGGUUAAAAAAUCAGGUCACUCCUUUGAACUAUAUAGCUGUUUAAAAAUAAAAAGCAAUGUAGACUCUGUUAUUGAGAAAACUAUGUCAGAAGACACUCAUGUUAAAACCUAUGAAUCUGAAAAUUCUUCUUGGAAUAGAAGAGUACUAAGUUUCAGUUCUAUGAAACUAUCAGCUUAACUCAUAGUUUUGAUGACCUAUAAAUGAAUUAAACAUGCAUUUUGAAAAUGUAGUAAGUAAAAUCAACAACUGUAAUUUUUAUAACUAUGUGAAAAAA